GCAAAUACGCUAUCGCCUGCGAAAGCGACAGCAACAGCAACAUUAAGUAUACGCGCAGUUAACACCGUUAAGGCUCGUCAAACGGACAUGGCUUUCAAAAAACGACGCAUCUUUGAUAUGCAAGCCGUCAACUCACAGCAGUUGGCCAAAUCUAUUGCUAAUCAGCCACAGUCUAGUGCUAAAAAUAAGCAACAACAAGUGCUCAAGGGCUGGCGUUGCUCGCAGAUCUAUGAAUGGUUUGCUGAUAAUCUACGCAACUAUUGCCAGACAACAUCGCUGCAUGGCUUUAACUAUAUAACCAGAAAGGAUAUAAGUCGCAAUGAGCGUCUGUUUUGGCUAAUUGUUGUCGUUGCGGCGGUCAUAGCUGCCAUUGCUCUGGUUUUGGUUUCAUGGUAUUGGAAUAGUGAAACACCCACAGUCACCGUUAUAGAGAGCUCGCAUUUUCCCACCUGGAAUAUACCAUUUCCAGCGGUCACAGUGUGCAAUUUCAAUAAGAUAUCAAAGCAUCGUGCUCUGGAUUUGUUGAAUAAAAUGCAGCUACCAGCAAAUGUAAGCAAAGCGCACUUGCAGCAACUUUUCAAUUUAACUUUGCUGCCUGUGGUCAAGCCCAUAAGUCAAACCGACUUGCAAUCCUAUCAACAGAUAUUGGAUUUAAAUAAGUUACUCACUAGCAGACUAGUCAAGCGUCUAUCACCGGAUUGCCUGGAAAUGGUAUCGCGCUGCAUAUGGAAGGGCAUAAACUCGCGUUGUGAGAGUUUAUUUCAGCGCAUUGUUACACUCGAAGGAUAUUGCUGCAGCUUUAACUACUUUGCAGAUGUGCAUAGCAAUUUUCCCAGAAAGAUUGCCUAUCAAGUGCCCAAGCGUCCUUAUCGCGUCACUGGUUGUGGCUACCCGACUGGCUUGUCUGUUUUGCUGGAUCCCAUGGUCUCGGACUACUACAGCACUUUCUUUAGCGGCUUUGGCUUUCGACUGUUUAUACAUGAUGCCUACAAUUUUCCUGAUGAAAACUCUGAGACCAAAGUAGUAACAGCCACUCGCGAGAGCUAUGUGCGCAUUAAUCCGGAGUCCACUUAUGCCACCAACGAUAUAAGACGCAUGAGUCUAAAGCUGCGCUAUUGUUUGUUUGGCGGCGAGCGUCAAUUGCCUGGACAUCGGCGUUAUUCAUUUAUUAACUGCAUGUAUCAAUGUCGCAUGAACAUGACGCUGCAACGUUGCGGCUGCUUGCCCCUCAACAUAGCUGUCAAUGGCACCCACAAAACUUGCAGCGUCUUGCAGCUGAACUGCAUGAUUCAGAGCAAACGUUUAUUUUCGUACGCCUUGGCCAAUCUGGACUCGCCGCUUUCCUUAGUGCGCAACACCGCCAACUUUCCCUGCAAUUGUCUGCCCGACUGUGAGUCCAAUCUUUAUAUCUCCGAAAGCACCAUGGGCCGACUGGACAUGAGCUACUCUGCAAAUAAGAUUACCACUAACAACAAUCAAACUGACGGCAUUUUGGUGCAUGUUUUCUAUAGCGACUUAAUGUCCACUCGAUAUCGCAUGGAAAUCUUUCAGAACUGGCUCUCCGCCUUGGCUUCAUUUGGCGGUCUACUGGGUCUCAUACUUGGCUUUAGCAUUGUUACUGCCUUUGAGUUUAUUUACUUUCUUACAUUUAGACCUGUUUUCAACUAUAUUAAUAGAGAGCGGGAUUAA